AUGACUACAAUUUCCAAAGCCCUUCAAGGCCUCAAACGGUUCACCACUUGCGACAUUGGCGACGCGCUUGUGAAGCUUAAGCACCCAUACGGUGGCUUCCUAGAUGGCUUGAAAAUGUACUCCCCGGGUGGGGGAACGAGUAUCUACGGGCCUGCCAUCACUGUGAAGAUGGUAGAGACAAACAGUCCCGGCCCCACGCCUCCCUUGCAUUUUGCAGACGCGAACAAAGAGGGCCACAUCAUGUAUAUCCAGCAGCCCAAGGGCUUACCCUCCGCAUGCUGGGGCGGUCUGAUGUCGACUCGAGCCCAGAAACUUGGUAGCCUAGGGACCAUAAUCGAUGGCCGUAUGAGGGAUGCACAGGAGCAUCGCGACAUGGGAUUCCCGGUAUUUGCUCGAGGUACUGCCGUUCUUGGCUCUAACACCUUUACUCGUGCCUCGGAAAUCGAUGUCCCGCUGCAGUACAAGGGUGAUCUUUGGAUUUACCCCAAAGAUAUCUUGGUGGGUGAUGAAAAUGGUGUGGUUGUUGUUCCGCCUUCAUUGCUCGAGCAAGCCGUGGAGCUGUGUCAGGAGCGGUUUGAGAUCGAUGAGAAGACCAUGGAAGCACUCCGGGCGGGUGAGUCGAUGGGUUCGAUCAUCCAGCGGAUGCGUAAGUAG